GUUUUUAUACAUUUUUAUUCCUACCAAUGCUGGCAGCAUCUAUCCAUCUAUUAUCUCAUUAGCUGUGACUCUCCAUCUCUCUCAACAUCCCUUCAUUUUAUCCAUCUUCAAAAUACCUUUCUCUUUUAAACACUCUCAAGAAUUUUUCUUUCAAAUUCAACACAUCAACUCUUAAACACCCAAACAAGAGUACGUGUACGUCUCGAGUAUAACAUACUCGUGUUUCAGGGAUAAGGUUGCGUACAUUUGAAUCUUUUAAAAAUAUGUUAGCGGAUCCGAUCGGGAUGCCGGCGUGUUUCUCAUCGGGCCCCCGGCCCACGGAUGACUUAGAGAACACGGCCGUGACCCGAGCGGGUCAAAGCGUGAUCAUAUCAAUGUAUAAAGUCAAAGUGGGUAGUCAAACCCGUGUGAUCACCAUCACAUGGUGUAGGAACCUCCUCCUCCUCCACGGGUUAUCGAUCUCGAUAUCGAGCCCUUACGACGAAGGCCGAUCAUCGUCGUCGUCGUUAUCGUCGUCGGAAAACGGAGACGGGCAGUACUACUCUUGUAAGGUGGAGUUGAAGCCGUGGUAUUUUUGGAGGAAACAAGGGUCAAAACAUUUCCUAAUAGAGGAUGGUAAAAAAGUGGAUAUUUUUUGGGACUUGAAAUCUGCCAAGUUUAAUAACGGUGAAACAGAACCAAGUUCUGAUUUCUAUGUUGCUCUUGUUUAUGAAAACGAGGUCGUUUUGUUAGUUGGUGAUUUGAAAAACGAGGCGUAUAAGAAAACCGGCUCUAGGCCAAAUCUUGUGGAGCCUAACUUGAUCUCGAAAAAGGAGCAUAUUUUUGGUAAAAAGAAGUUUUUUACCAAGGUAAAAUUUCACGAAAAAGGUAGAUUUCACGAUAUAGUGAUCGAGUGUAAGAGUAAUAAAGUCGAUUCUGAUUUGGAAAUGGAGGUGAAGGUAGAUGGGAAGAGGGUGAUUCAAGUGAAGCAUUUGCAAUGGAAGUUUAGAGGGAAUGAGAGCAUACAUUUGAAUAGGUUAAGGGUUGAGGUGUAUUGGGAUGUACAUGAUUGGUUAUUUAGUCCCGGGUUGAGACACGCUUUGUUCAUCUUUAAGCCUAUUAUUCCUCCAUCGCCGUCGCUAAAAAGUGUUUCUUCGGCUUCACCAAUGUCGUUGUCCUCGUCGUUGUCGUUGUCGUUGUCCUCGUCGUUGUCUCUCUCGUCCACCCCAUUGUCGUCCCAGACGGGGAGCUCAGGGUCGUUGGGGGACGGAUUAAACGGAAAUUGGUCAUCCGAGUUUUGUUUAUUCCUUUAUGCUUGGAAGGUUGAAUGAUUGGUCAUUUAGCCCUAAGUUAGGGCUUAUUUCCAAGACAAAGAUAAACCAAUAAAUCAGAUCGAGAAAACACGACGUAAUUAUCUUAUGUGCCUGAAAGUACAUAUAUGCCCCUCUAACUCUCAAAUCGGUACAGGUAAAACAUCGUAACACAUGCUCCCGGGUGCAACGGACACUUGUAAAUCUCAAUGUUACUAAAGGACAUGAGUAUUCUUGUAAAAUGAGGAAUAAGUUUGAAUGGGGAGCACAUGGGAAAAGAUAGAGGGGAGCUCCAAGACAGGAAAGAAGGAGCUGGAAAAUGGGAUAUAACAGCUGGGGGGAAGUCCUUAUUCCUCAAGUGGGCAAUAUGAGACCGGACAUAUUGGAUUUGGAUUUGUUAAAACAUGGGUCAAUUAUUCUUCUAAUCACUUGUAUAGUUGUAUCAUUUGUCUGUUUUUUUUCUCACUUGGCUUGCCCAUUUGGGAUUAUUAUCACUUGAAAUUAUUAUUUAUUGGUCAUACACACUAUCAUGGUGUAUGAUCUCUUACUAUUAGUAGUAUUACAAGAACAUUACCACACAACUGGUUGUACUUUAUUUGUCCUAUUGUAUUUUUGGGUCAAAUUUUAGAAAGUUUGAUCAUGAAUUCUUAUUAACCUGCAAGAAAUUAUAUAGUUAUGUUAUGUGUGGGUUUUUUUUAAUUUC